UCAUGUGGGAAGGUUCUGUACUUUUUACGGUUUUGGUUACUAUAAAUAUUGAGGGGAAACAGAUGACACAGUAUCAGUUCACUCAAGCAUUUCAAUUCAGUAGCAAUCGUAGCUAGUCAACCGACUCACCAAACACUCAAAAUGUUCGCCAAGAUCAUCUUUGUUGCCGCCCUCGCCAUCGUUGCCGUCAGUGCCAAGCCCGGAGUGGUUGCUCCGCUGGCCUACUCUGCGCCUCUGGUGGCCGCCGCUGGCCCAGCUGUGGUAACUGCCCAGAGCUCGCAGUUCAUCGCCCGUAACUACAACGGAAUUGCGCCAUUGGCUUACACCGCUGCUUACACUGCCGCUGGACCGGUUGCCUAUGCUGCUCCUGCCGCUUAUGCUGCUCCAGCUGCUUAUGCUGCGGCUCCAUUCGCCGCCGCCGCUUAUACUGCACCAGUUUUGCUGUAAACUUUGAUAGGCUGGAAAGAUUUGGACUUGGCUACAAUAUUGUGAAUGCUGUAACGGAUUCAAGUGAUUGAAGUUGAAUGUGAUAAUAGUACAAUUUUGAAAACAUGAAA